AUGAUGCUUAUGUUGCAAGUUUGUUGUUGGCUUUCCUUUCAUAUAUUGAUACUCUCACUAUUUAUGUCUUUACUAAAUACUAAACUACUCCAUUUGGUGGCAGCAUGUGAUGUCCCUGGAAUUAAAAGAUUAGUUCCACGCACAUGGAGGGAGUGGGAAUUCUUUGAUAAUAUUUAUGAACUAGUUGGUGUGCCUGUGGUCACAGUGCAACUCAGAUACAACGGCUGGGUCACAGAGUUACAGGAUUUAGAACGUUCAAGGCAAGUAAGGCAAGCUGCAGGGUUGGAUAAUCUCCUUUAUACCCCAGAUGCAGAUUUCUCAUGCUUUGCAGACCUUGCACUCUCAUCACCUGAAGACUAUUACCUCGAGGGACAAGGCUCAUUGCUCCAGUAAGGAAAAUUCUCUUCGUUUUG